AUGUUGCAAACACACUAUCAUGUUGCAAAAGAUGGAUUACACGGGAUUAUGCUGAUGCAGAGAGUCUUAAAGCAAACUCUCCCUAACCACGCCCCCUUCGCCAUCCCUAACCACGCCCCCUUCGUCAUCCCUAACCACGCCCCCUUCGUCAUCCCUAACCGCGCCCUCUUUGUCAUCCCUAACAACGCCCCCUUCGUCAUCGCUAACCACGUCCCCUUCGUCAUCACCAACCACGCCCCCUUCAUCAUCUCUAACCACGCCCCCUUCGUCAUCCCCUAUCACGCCCCCUUUGCCAUCCCUAACCAGGCCCCCUUCGUCAUCGCUAACCACGCCCCCUUUGUCACCCCAACCACGCCCCCUUUGCCAUCCCUAACCACGCCCCCUUCGUCAUCCCUAACCACGCCCCCUUCGUCAUCCCUAACCACGCCCCCUUCGUCAUCCCUAACCACGCCCCCUUCGUCAUCCCUAACCACGCCCCCUUCGUCAUUCCCAACCACGCCCCCUUCGUCAUCCCUAACCCUCCACAUUCUUAAGCAACUUUUCAGUCUCUCCAUCUGA